GUCGAACGGCACCAGCACGACCGUCAGGCCACCAAAGCCCCGAACCGGCGAGCCGUCGCCCGUUGCAACUGGUGGACGUCAACAUGGCCGAUGAGGUGGUGGAGAAAGUCCGUGAGCUUCUGGAAGGACAGAUUGACUUCGAGGGGCAGCGGCUUGCGGAAUUGAUGCAGUAUGCGUUUCUGACUACCGUUGGGGCAAUCGCGUUUAUCUACGGAUACGUGACGCAGAACGUUUACAACAGUGCCUACAUUGGCCUCGGGGGUACCGCCCUCACGAUGCUACUGGUCGUUCCUCCGUGGCCGUUCUUCAAUAAGCACCCGGUUCGAUGGCUUUCUCCUCACAUCGGCGCGUCGCCAAUCUCGAUAUCGGUGGAUGGGAAGAAAAUGAGUUGAUUGGGCGUUGGCAUUCGGUUUAGGAUAUAGAUGACGCAUGGAGUUCAGGUGUGGGAUAUGUGCCAAUCAUGUGGCCUCGACAGAGAUCACAAUAGGAUAUGAAGCGAUUGGGACUGGGAUUCCCGUUGCACUACCAGAGCGCAUAUUCGAGGGAUUCAUGAAAUUGCCUCAAUAAGAGGCAGAGGUUGUGUAUUUGGUUCGCCAUGAGGAAUAACUAGUGCUCAACGCACCGAUAACACCAACGCCGUGUCCCAUGAG